AUGAACGCAGGCGCUGCCCCCGGUGGAAGCAAAGCUGCUCCUCCCAAGUUCAAGCAGAAGGAGACGAGGCAGUUCAAGAGCAAAGCCCCCAAAGCCGGACAGAAGGGAUUCGAUGAUGUUCCUGGAAUGGACGGACUCGGAGGCGCUGAGGUGGUUUGUCCCUGGGAGGCGUUCGGAGACAUGGAGCUGAGCGACCUGGCGCAGUUUGGCAUCGUUUAA